CGUUUAGGCUUUAUGCGACUUGAGAAUUAGGCCUAGUCGAAAGCUUAAUUUUGUCACAUUCUAUUCGUUUUCAUAUUUGAAGUUAUGAAGAGUUUCACGUUUCAGCGUGAGUGAAAUGUGAGCCUGGAUCACAAGACUAUGUCUGAUUGGCUGUGGAAUGGCUAACUCCAUUUUGGAAACAGCUGUUUGAAGACCUAACCUUCCCUCAUUGUUUCGGGAGGUUGCCAGAGAAACAUUCCCGCUUUAUGAGACUUCAUCGCUGUAAGAUUUACAUUACGUGUUGCAGAAGGGCCCGGAAGCUGAAUUGGUGUUUGAUCCGAUUGUAUCAAGUGGAUAAUUAGGGCUACCGAAUCAAGAGGAAGGCCCUACUUCUAAAAGGAACAGAUUGUCUCUUAUUUUUGGAGCAGAUUUUUUCCUCCACCCACCUGUUCUCCUGAAACCACGAGCUAGCUGUAUAGUAUUGUAGUCCCUGGCAAGAUCCAUGACCCAAUUUUCUGUGGGCUGAGAAGAGGAAGACUGAGCAGGGAGGAAUGAGUAGCUAAUGUGAGCUGAGAAGAGGAAGACCCAGCAGGGAGGAAUGAGUAGCUAAUGUGAGCUGAGAAGAGGAAGACCCAGCAGGGAGGAAUGAGUAGCUAAUGUAAGCUGAGAAGAGGAAGACCCAACAGGGAGGAAUGAGUAGCUAAUGUAAGCUGAGAAGAGGAAGACCCAGCAGGGAGGAAUGAGUAGCUAAUGUAAGCUGAGAAGAGGAAGACCCAACAGGGAGGAAUGAGUAGCUAAUGUGUAAUGAGGUGUCUGGUCAUGGACAGAUAAUGGAUGUGGAGACAACAACACCGUACUCUGACUUCAUCAACUGUGAUCGUACAGGCCGCAGGAACGCAGUACCUGACAUACAGGGACAGGCGGCAGCAGCCAGCACCAGUGAAUUAACCAAAGACAUGGAAGGGCUGGACCUGAAGGUGGCGGAAGGAGACUCUGGUGCAUCACCAGCCCCUGAGGGUGAAGGGUUGACCAGCCAAGAGGCCCAGGGAGGCGAGGGCCCAUCCUAAACCACCUCACAGGAGUGGAGAGCGGGACACGGAGAAGAAGGGACAGAAUAAGACAGAGAGAGGAUCUCCUGAAUGUCCUGCCUGACUAGACCCUACCCCUCUCCUAACUCAACAGUGAUGACAUCUCUCACUGUGUAGCUUUGAUGGAGCUUUGCUGGUCCAGCUGCAUGAUCCUUCUCCUUUAUCAAUUGGCAUUGUGGGAAAUGUAGUUGACAGAACAGUUGUUGACAAGUAGGACUACAUCUGUUCUUGGCCGAGAGGUGCUGCUGGGCUACGGUGGUAAAGGAAAUGUUCUCACAUCACUAUGAGAAUGUACCAAACUUUGGAUCUAUGUCUCUCCAGAUGUACUGAACACUAUCCUUUCUUAGAAUGAAAUGUUGUUGUUCCAAACCUAACAUGGAACUAUCAUCAAAAACGAGCCACGCAGAAUCUAUAAUCAUGUUUGCCAUUUAUUUUGUGUUUAUUAUUUUACCUUUUGUUGUAUCAUAUUUAUUUCAAAUGGUUCUCUGAUACCUUUUGUAAUAGUCAUUUCUUUUCUGUAAUAAAAUGUUUAUGUAUCUUCUGUUACGGUAUGUGCAUACUUCUGCUGUUGGCACAACUGUAAUCUUAUCUUCAGAAUACCAUUGCUGCCUGAGGCA